AUGGGCUUCAAGUCCCAGUGUGACAGCCACAUCCUCUCAGGGAAGGUUCUCUGUCAGUCUGCGCACAACUGCCAGAGCCAGGGUACUGAUUGGAGCAGGCGUGGCCAGGAGAACUAUGGCUAUGCCAGGCUGCUGGAAGACGUGUGGAUACUCCUGAAACCUGCACGUCCGGCGGGAAGUGUGUGGAGCCAGGGGAAGCCCUGCUUCCACAAAGGGGAUGUGUUCUUGAAGCUGCACUUCCUGGGGGGCUGCACAGCAGAAGUGAGAAGCUUCUCCUCACUGAACAUCUGGGUCUUCCUUAUGUUUGCUCUCGCAAUCAAAGCUGCCUUUGUGACCAUCUGCCUUGUUUUUCUCUUCUGGCACAGCAGUGACCAGCCCAGAGCCCUGCAGCAGCAGUUCUCGGAGUGGAAGUGCGACUCAGCAGAGCCACAAGGCACAGACCGAGGCUGGAUGUGCUGCCCAGAGGGCUGGAGAAGGUUUCAAAGAAGCUGCUAUUUCCUGUCUCUUGAUACAAUGAACUGUGCUGAGAGUGAGCAGAACUGCACUGGGAUGGGCUCCCAGCUGGUGGUGAUCAACAGCAAGGCAGAGCAGGAAUUCCUCUCCGAGCAGAUAAAACAAUCUCCACCAAGACAGAAUUUCUACAUUGGUCUGAUUGAGGAGAAGGAGGGUGAGUGGCACUGGGUGGACAAGACUCCAUAUGAUGUGACAGCAGCGUGAGUAUCUCUCGAUGAAGAGUGUUUGGGGUGACUUCUGGUAGUUAAAGAAAUAGGACAGA